UCAGCUCUACUUUAACUCUUUAGAUUAUAUACCCACUCAUGAAUAGUUUUUUAUAUCAGGAGAUUGAGGGCAAAAAUGGGUGUAAAGAAUUAAUCAUCACAUUUGGUCAUCAACCAAUCCAGCAAGAAUGGUACAUCAGCUAGUAAUAAUUGGGCUGCUUUGUUCUUGUUCCCUGGCCUUAAAGAGGGUUCCUCAUUCAACUAUGUGCUUUUCUAAAAAUUUAGAUUAUUUUCUUGAGUUUUUCACCUUAAAGCUAUUUGAAGAAAAAAAAAUCUUAGUCUAAGUUAUUUCCAAAGCUUUGUUUCAGCUGUGAUGCACUCUGAAACCUGUGAGCACAUCUCCCAACAUUAAGGUUAAAAGAAUUCAAGCUAGCUGGGCUAACUGGGACUCACACAGAAGAGAGGUGCAACAGUGGACCCAUGCUCAUGGAAUCCACUGGUCUUACCAUGUUUUCUACCAUCCUGAAACAGCUGGCCAUAUAGAAAGAAGGAAUGGCUUUUUGAAGAAACAGUUUCAGGGCCAAUUAGGUGGCAGCAGCCUGGAGGGCGUGGCAGGGUUCUCCAGAAGGCAAUAAAUGCUUUCAAUCAGUGUCCAAUAUAUCAUAUGGUUUCUCCUUUACCCAGGUUCUAGGUGUCCCAGAAAGCAUGGGAAGAGAAAGUGAAAGAUAUCCUCUUACUAUCAUUCCUAGUGACCUGCUAGGAAAAUUUUGCUCCCUGUUCCCUCAACUCUAAAUUCAGCUGCUCUAGAAGUUUUGGUUCCAUGUAAUUUCAGUUCCUGCCAGGAUCUGAAACAAACAUUCCAUUGAUCUGGAAGCUCAGACUUCCCUCUGGUCACGUUUGGCUUCGAAUGCCCUUAAACCAAGAAGCUAAGAAAGUAAUAAACAUGUUAGGAGGGGUGCUUGAUACAUAUUACCAUUGGAACAAUGUUUUCUUCAAUUCAUUUUGCUUUUUAACCCAAUGAGAUUGACCAGGGCCACAUGUGAGAUUGUGGGUUUGGACCUAUGUGUGGGAGCUCAGCAGAGGACUGCAGCUAAAGGCAGUGAUUCUUCCACAAUCCAUCCAUAGACAAAAUAUGAGAGGUAAAGGGUGUGUCCUGUGAGCCUUUCUCUUUCCCAGACUGAUUGUGGUCUAGUGUGAGGUCCAUGCAGGUCAGUACAGCUGCUGUUGGUUACUGAUUACAACAGCUGUAUGGAGUCUAAAGAAUGGAAUGUCUUAGCCCUUCCUCCUCUUUCCUUUCUUAUUCCCUUCUUCCUCCACUUCCUCAGUGUUCCAAGAGCCAUAGAUGGGAUGGUGUAACUGACGUUUUUAUGCCUGGGACCACACACCUUUCUUGUCUUCUACAGCUGGGGCAGCCAAUAGUCUGCAUUCACCACUACAUUAAAAUUCUUUCCUUUGUUUUAUCUAAAAGGACCUUUAGCAUAAGUCACAGAAGAUAAACUUGUUCCUGAGUUAGUAAAACAACAAGACCACACCAUCAAGUGGUAAGAGCAGCACAGCCCGGAAUGAACUCAGCCCUAGCCUGUUAGUAAUGGGCUUAUGAGUGACUUCACUUGUUUCUUUUAAAAAUCCAAGUUUCUGAAAUGUCGCUCCCCAAGGCACAAUUGCAGUAUUUGGUUUUGGCUUGUCAUGUUUGUGUUUGCGAUGGGACGCUGGCAUCUCACUUUAGCGGGUUAUCUUUGGUGUAAAUUGUAGCCCCUGAGGCUGGUAGUCCAGUCGAGGUUCGGCUGCCUGUCUUUUAUCUGAAGGGUUCAGAACUCAAUGUUUGGGUCAGAUACCAGGGUGCAGCGUCCUCCUAGAUCCAGUUCUGGUCUAGAAUAGCAGCGAGCAUGUGGGAAGGUUGUGCAGAGCGGGUCCAGGGCAGCCUGACAGCUGGAGCUGUGUGGAAGGCAGCCCGAGAUGGGGAAGGACCAGUUCCUUGAGGCGGGGACACUCACCCGGAAACGGAGGUUGGGAGGAUGUACCAUAUUGGCUUGUGUAGAAGAAUGAUGGAGAAUGGGAGGGAUUAGAGGCGUGAUGUAAACGGAAGCUGGGACUAACUGUGAAGUUGAAUUGUGGGCCAUAGCCAGAAGUGCCAACUACAUUCUCUGUAGUUGCUUCGGGGCCUGCACGGUGGGGAAUCCCGUGGUGCAGACCUGGGAGCAGAGGACACGGCGGGGUGUCGCGAGGACGCGAAAUCUCCCCGGAGCCGCAGUCUCCGCGCGGGGCGGCCUGGGAAAGUCACCAGUCAGCAGCGCAGUGGCGGGAACCGCAGCCCGGUGGCCCUGGAACCUCCCAGGGCUCACUUAUCAACCAGACCUGCUCACCUGUGCAGCAGAACAAAGUGACCUGGAAGGAGAGAGGAGGCAGUAAGGAUGCAGGGUCUGUUGACAUUCGGGGAUGUAGCUGUGGACUUUCCCCAGGAGGAGUGGGAAUGCCUGGACUCUGCUCAGAGGGCUUUGUAUAUUGAUGUAAUGUUGGAAAAUUACAGCAACCUGGUCUCUGUGGAGAACUAUUGCAAAUGUGAUCCUGUCCAUCAACACGUAACUAAUGAAAAGGAGUAUUCUCAAUAUAAUAAGCUUGACAAAGUGCUUCAUGACCCCUCUACAAGUACACUUUAUAAAACAGGUGAAACUACAGAAAACUCUAAUAACUACACUUGCAGUAAUCACAGGGAUGCCUCCAUUGACUCAUCAAACCCAGACAGACAUGAAAGCAUGCACACUGGAGAAGAACAUUGCAAAUCUAAAGAUUGUGAGAAAUCUUUAAAUUUGUGUCCCAACCUUACUCAAGAUCAGAGACUGGACACUGCAAAGAAAGAGCACAGGCAGGGAGAAUAUGAUGACUAUUUCAGUGCUGCAUACAGUCUUUUGCAACAACCAAUCUAUAUUGGAGAAACACCGUACCAAUGUGGGAAAUGUGAGAAAUGCUUCAGUACUGCCUCAAGCCUUACUGUACAUGAGAGAAUUCAUACUGGAAAAAAACCCUACAAGUGCAACUUUUGUGGCAAGUCAUUUAACCAGUGUGCAAAUCUAAAAACACACCAGAGACUUCAUACUGGAGAGAAACCUUACAAAUGUAAAGAAUGUGGAAAGUCAUUUCCUCAGUUAUCAGCACUUAAAAGCCAUCAAAAAAUGCAUACUGGAGAGAAACCUUACAAAUGUAACGAAUGCAACAAAUUGUUUGCCCACUGUUCCAGUUUCAGGAGACAUCAGAAAAUCCAUACUGAUGAGGAACAUUAUAGUUGUGAAGAAUGUGGCAAGGUCUUUCAUCAGAUUUCACACCUUAAAAGCCAUUACAGACUUCAUACUGGAGAGAAGCCUUACAAAUGCAAUGAGUGUGACAGAUCCUUUCCCCACUAUUCAUCAUUGAGUAGGCAUCAGAAAACUCAUUCUCUAGAGAAUUUUCACAAAUGCAAAGAAUGUGGUAAGCCCUUUCUUGAAUUAUCACAUCUUAAAAGACAUUACAGGAUCCAUACUGGUGAGAAGCCUUACAAAUGUGAGGUAUGUGACAGAUCCUUUACUGUGAAUUCAACUCUUAGAACACAUCAGAAAAUUCAUACCGGAGAGAAACCUCACAAAUGUGACGUAUGUGACAAAUCCUUUACCAAGUACUCACAUCUUAAAAGACAUCAGAGUAUUCACACUGGAGAGAGACCUUACAGAUGUAAGGAAUGUGACAGAUCUUUUACUGAGUUCUCAACUCUUAGAGAACAUCAGAAAAUUCAUACUGGAGAGAAACCCUACAAAUGUGGAGAAUGUGACAAAUCCUUCAUCCAGCGGUCAAAUCUUAGAAUACAUCAGAGAGUUCAUACUGGAGAGAGACCUUACGUAUGUAAGGAAUGUAACAAAUCUUUUACUAAGUGUUCAACUCUUCAAGCACAUCAGAAAAUUCAUACUGGAGAGAAACCUUACAAAUGUAUGGAAUGUAACAAAUCUUUUACCCAGGACUCACAUCUUAGAACACAUCGCAGAGUUCAUACUGGAGAGAGACCUUACAGUUGUAAGGAAUGUGGCAAAUCUUUUACUAGGCGCUCAUAUGUUAAAGCACAUCAGAAAAUUCAUACUGGAGAGAAACCAUACAAAUGCAAAGACUGUGGCUUUUCCUUUAUCCAGAUGUCGAAUCUUAGAAGACAUCAAAAAAUUCAUACUGAAGAGAAAAAUACUGUUGUAAAUAAUGUGACAUAGCAUUUCCUGGUGUUCUGUGUUUACAAAUAACAACAGUAUACAAAAUAGAAAUAGAUAAGAAAAAUUUGAAAGUCUUUAAUGAAGGUUUACAUUUAAAACAAUAUCCUAGAGUGUAUAUUAAAAUAAAACUGUACAAAUGUAAGAGUGGGACAAGCUUUUUAUUUCUUUUAAUGUGUAUGUGUGCUUUGCCUGCAAAUAUGUCUGUGCACUACAUGUAUGCCUGGUGCAUGCAGAGGACAGAAGGGUUCGUUGGAUCUCCUGAAACUGGCAUUCUAAGCAGUUGUGAGCUGCUGUGUAUGUCUUGGGAAUUUAAACCCCAUCCUCUGGAAGAGCUCUUAAUGACUAAGCCAUGUCUCCAGCCCCUGUGAAAAGCUGUAAUAAAAACAUUUAUCUUGUUCCACAUCCAAAAAAUUAUAAUAGUGCCAGGCAAGGUGAUAAACCUCUUUAAUUCCAACACUCAAGAGGCAGAAGCAAGAAGAUCUCUGUGAGUUGGAAGACAUCAUCACCAUCUACAUAUUGAGUUACAAGACAGCCAGGACUACAUAAACCGUGUCUCAAAAAAAAAACCAAAAAGUUAUGAUAACAAAGUACAUGAAGUACAUGACAAAGCCUUUGAUUUUUCCUUUAAUUGUUCUGUACACGAUCAAAUUCAUAAUUCUGAGAAAUCAUAUAAAGGUAUACCUUGUAUAAUCCCCAUAUCUUGCUGUUCAUUGGAAAUUACACCCCUAAAGUGCAUUGGAUUUGACAGAUCUUUUACAUAGUGCUGAAAUUGCAGAGAUAAAAGAAAAUCCAUCAUGAAAGAAAAAGCUGUUAAAUUUGUAUCUUUUAUUCACCUUCAAAAUCUUUAUACUAAGCCGGGCGGUGGUGGCGCACUCCUUUAAUCCCAGCACUCGGGAGGCAGAGCAAGGUGGAUCUUUGUGAGUUCGAGGCCAGCCUGGUCUACAAGAGCGAGAUCCAGGAAAGGCGCAAAGCUACACAGAGAAACCCUGUCUGGAAAAAAAAAAUCUUUAUUCUGGAGUCAAAUCAUACAAAUAUCAAAAAGAUGACUAACUAAAGAGAUAGGCUGUGAAUGUGACAUCACUGGAAUGCUGACAUACAAUUUAGAAAUCCCCAAAGGCUAAGGAUAUGGUAACACAUACCUUUAAUCCCAGCUCUCUGGAGGCAGAGGAAGGUGAAUCUCUGUGUUCAAGGCUAGUCAUGUAUAAACAGCAAUUUCCAAGACAGCCAAGGUUACACAGAGACACUCAGUCUUGGGGAAAGAAAUGAGGGCAAUGGGGGAAUCAUUUUGAAGUACUGAAGGAAAAAGGGAAAUUUAACUCUGAAUUAAAAUAAAGUGAUAUAGCUUAC